AGAGAGAGAGAGAGAGAGAGAGAGAGAGACUCUGGUCUUAAGGCUGCAGUAAAAGAGAACUGUUCUGCUGUCCCGGGAUGAACAGCAUGUUCCGUGCGUGAGUGAAGGUACUGGAGCAGCAUCAGGACCAGAACAGCGUAGAGAGACUGUGAAUCUGUGUAUUUGUAUCCUGCGGACACACUGGAUGGUACUGCCCUCUGGAAUUCUCUCUAUAGGACACACGCAGAGUUACCUGCGCAGCAGAGGAGCCAGACAGAAUUGAGCCAAAUGGAAGUCUGAGCUGGGCAGAACUCUGGACCAGACAGAAUUUUGGGCCAGACAGUGUUCUUAGCCAAACAGAGCCAGCUGAGUCAGCUGAAAGAGAAAUUAUCAAUCUGGUACUAAACCAAGCCCACACGCACUGGCCUGGAGUUCUUCCAAGGAAAACAGAACGUCUGAUAGACAAACUCUGAAGUAAGUACAUGGAAGUCUUGGAAAACUGACCUCAGCCAAAGUGCCAAAGGGGAAGUGAGAGUGGACUGCAGCUGACGGAGGGAAUACCGGGGCAAAGAAAGAUCAGGAGCUGCAGACGGAGCAGAUCUUUGUAGCCUGGAGCCUCAGCACAGAGACGGAGAGAUGGAGACGCAAAGAGGAAGAAGCUUUCUCUUGGAAAGAAGCUCCACCUGCCUUCUGCUGAUCCUCACCUUGGGUAUGUGUGGCGUUCAAGCACUAGAGAUGUCCACAGGUAAGAUCCCCUUUCUGGAAGCAGUGAAUGGAAGUGAUGUCCUGCUGCCCUGCACCUACGCCAGCUGCAUCGGCAUCAAAGACCUUUACUUCAAAUGGGAGUUUAACGACAAUGGCACCAUGCUGAAGGUGAUCGACGCAGUGAUCCCAACUGACCAUGUGGAACCAUCAACUGUCAAUAUUUACCGGGAAAGGGUGGAAUUUGUGGGAUCCAGCAAAAGUAAUAACCUGUCCAUGGUGCUCUGGAACGUGACGUUUGAGGAUGCAGGGGAGUACACGUGCUUCGGCAAGAACCCUAAAGAGAAGGAUAAGAACCACAGCGCCAUCUUCACCCUAUACGUGGUGGACGAAUUGAGGGUCGUGGAUAACACUCUGACCAUCAUCAUCGUCUCCUGUGUGGGAGGCUGUAUAGCCCUGCUGGUGAUCUUCAUGCUGCUCAAGAACUUCACACUCUUCGUCCUCGCUAAGAUUGAAGAGAAAAAUAAGGAGUGCCUUGUCUCCUCCUCAGGGAUCGACAACACGGAAAAUGGUCUGUCAGGCUCCAAAACCACACCCAAGCCCACACCAAAGAAAGCAUGAGACUGAUAUAAUAUGCACACACUCAUCAGCCACCAUGCUGGGCCCGUCCUGUCAGUUCACAUCUCUGUUUACAAAAUCUACUUAGUCAUUCUCCAUAUUUACUUCGUAUUCUUUUACAUGACUCACCACUCUUUUCCUUA